AUGUUAUGUGAAAAAUGUAAUGAAAAAAGUAUUUGUUUAAUGAAACCAUCUAAUAAAGAAAAACUAUGCAAAGAAUGUUUCAUAAAAAUUUUUGAAGAUGAAAUCCACACGACUAUUUUAAAAAAAAAAAUGUUUGAAGCUAACGAUAAAAUAUGUAUUGCUGUGUCAGGUGGAAAAGACUCUAGUGUACUAACUCAUGUACUUGUUAAUAUAAAGAAAAAAUAUAAUUAUAAAUGGGACUUAUUUUUGUUAGCAAUUGAUGAAGGAAUUAAAGGAUAUCGUGAUGACUCCUUGAAAGUUGUUUAUAAAUUAGAAAAAUUAUACAAUUUACCUUUAAAAAUUUUAAAAUUUCAUGAUAUCUUUUCAUAUACUAUGGAUGAAGUCGUAAAAUUUAUUGGAAAAAAAAAUAAUUGUACAGUAUGCGGAGUUUUCAGAAGGCAAGCUAUGGAAAAAGGAGCAUUGUUAUUCAAUGCAACAAAGUUAGUAACAGGGCACAAUGCUGAUGAUUUAGCAGAAACAAUAUUAAUGAAUAUGUGUAGGGGAGAUAUUGAUAAGCUAGCUAAAAAUAUCGAUGAUCGUACAAUUAUUUCACCUUUUAAUAAUUCAGUGGAAAAAGAAAAAUUAAUAAAUAAUAAAGAUCAAAUAAAAAAUCAUAAAGAUUACUCUAAUGAAAUAGAAAAUGAUAUAAAUAAAAAAAACAUAUUCCAAAAUGAAAAAUAUAAUAAUGAUUUAUAUCAAGUAAAAACAAAGAUAAAUACAGUGAAGAACCAAAUACAAAAUAGAGUAAAUGAUAAUCUUAAAAAAGAAGAAACUAUAAAUAGUGGCAUAACAAAUCUUGAAGAAUCAGUGAAUCAAAAUAAUUUUUUUUUGCCAAGAUUAAAACCAUUAAUGUGGUGUUAUGAAAAAGAAAUAGUUUUAUAUGCUUAUCAUUUGAAAUUAGAUUAUUUUAGUACGGAAUGUACUUAUUCACCUAAUUCUUUUCGUGGAAAUUUGAGAAUUUUUAUUAAAGAAAUUGAAACUAUAAAUCCGCAAUUUAUUUUAAACAUUAUACACUCGGCAGAAUUUUUUUAUUUUAAUAUAAACAAUAAAAAAAGGUUAAACAUUUGCAUUAAAUGUGGUGCAUACACAUCCAACAAAGUUUGCAAGGCUUGUUUAAUUGUUACAGGUUUAAAUAAUUACACUGAUAAUUCUUUCCUUUAUUCUAAUAAAAAAAAAAAUAAAAAAAAAAUUUCUAUUCAUUUCGAAAAAAAAUAA